CCUCCUUAUCGAGUGAGAAAUUGAAAAAGCCCCCUAAGCUCAGCCGGCGACGUCGCUGGGCUGCUGCCGCGGCAUCUUCUGCUCUAGCGCUACGUCGUCUGCUCGCGCGCGCCCGUAUAUAGCUGGGAUAUGAUAUCGUGCGCAGUGUCGGCAUUUUUCGAAUAUUGCGUUUGCCGCCGCGAACGCGAGUGCCCGUGCGGCCGACGUUCCGCGGCCGCGGCGUUCGUCGUCGUCUCGCUGCUUGUGGCGCUAACGGACCGAGCGUGUUGUCUGCAGCAGCAGAACACGCGCCGUUGCGAUCGAACGUCACCGGACAUAUUCGAGCACCUACAAGGCAAGGUAGAUGAUUGUGCUUGCAAUAUCGACACCAUUGAUCACUUCAACAACUUCAAAGUCUAUCCCAUCCUGAAGAGCUUGUUACAAAAGGACUACUUCCGCUUUUUCAAGGUUAAUCUAAAGCGCCCAUGCCCUUUUUGGACAGAUGACAGCCACUGUGCCCUUCGAGACUGCUCAGUGACUACAUGUAGCGAGGACAGCCUUCCUCAGAGUAUCAGAGGCCAUGAGAGGAAUUAUAUUCCAAACGACAGUGUGUCUAAGUAUUCCAAGGGGGCAAAUGAACAGGACUCAUGUGAUGAGAACCACGCCGGCCUGGGUACAGUCGACAAUACCAUUAGUGACGAGAGCUACAAGGAAUUCGAACGAUGGCAGAAGCAUGACGACUCUCAGGACAACUUCUGUGAGAUGGAUGAUGAGUCAUCGGCAGGAAUGGAGUAUGUUGACCUGAGUCUUAAUCCGGAACGCUAUACAGGCUAUGCUGGAAGCUCUGCACAUAGAAUUUGGAAGAGCAUUUACGAGGAGAAUUGCUUCAACGAGAUAACCAAUGAAGAACCUAAUGUUGGUUAUGGCCCAUACACAACCUCCAAAAACCUCAAUGCUAUGUGCUUGGAGAAGCGGGCCUUCUACCGCGCCAUCUCAGGCCUCCAUGCCAGCAUCAACGUGCAUCUCUGCGCCAAUUACCUAAUCCGAGACGGUCCGCUGGGCCAGGCCGUGUGGGCUCCCAACGCGGCCGAGUUUGAGCGGCGCUUCAACCCUCAUUUGACCAAAGGCGAGGGACCCCAGUGGCUGCGCAACCUCUACUUCGUCUACCUCAUUGAGCUCGGCGCCCUGGCCAAGGCGGCGCCCUACUUGCUGCACGAGACGUUCUACACAAGCGCUGAGGAUGAGACAGUCCCCACUGCAGUGCGAGCACUCCUGGAUGCUGCUAGGGAAUUCCCACACCAUUUCAAUGACAGUGCUAUGUUCAACGGGCAGAAGGACGCACUCAAGCUUAAGGAAGAGUUCAAGGCACACUUCAGGAACAUCUCGAGGAUUAUGGACUGCGUCGGAUGCGACAAGUGCCGGCUCUGGGGCAAACUUCAGGUACAGGGUCUCGGUACAGCUAUGAAGAUCCUCUUCACAGACAAGUCACGCCUGCCCCCCGAGAACCCAAGGUUCCAUCUGACACGGUCUGAGAUUGUCUCUCUGUUCAACGCUUUUGGCAGGUUAUCAAACAGUAUCUACCACCUACGGCAGUUCGGCAAAAUGCUGUCCUGAGAGUGUCCUUCGACCAGCAUCACCACAAAGGAUGGAAGUGUGUUUGUGUGUCCUUGUGUGACCUUGCAAGUUGUGGAGUGGAGAGAGAUUUGAGCUGGACUCGUUUUGAAUCAAGUGUGCUUGCAAGCUGUUGUGACAGCCAACGGCUGCAGUGAUAUCGUGUCUACUCGUCAUCACCUGUGCUCACAGUCUUUUUUUUUUUAGUGAGGAAACCCUCUAUUUGGUGGGAAAUGGCUGGAUGACUUUGUACACAUUGUAAUUUACUUUUAUCUCCCAGCGAUGUUAUCAUCUACGUCAGAUUGUACUUAUACUGCUAUCUUGUGCAAUAUUAAAUAGUUUCGUUUUCAUGUCAA